AGGCCCUUCAGUGUACUUAUACAGCCGUCGGAUCAUGUCCCACCCACCAUUUCGUCCGAUACCCACGCUGAAAGGAAUUUUGUCAAUGCCGCGAUCUGUUCGGGGUCGCAAUUUUCUCAAAGAGAAUAAAUUGAGUUUGCGCCUGCUGGAGAAAUCAACAACUGACAAGAUAGCGGCCAAGGAACCAGUGCGUCCCACAUGGAUGCCAACCAUGCGCCGUGUGGGCUCUGAGGUACUAGACUCGAAAUCAGGAAAACCCCCACCGGCACCCGUAGCCAAACGAAACAAAAUCCAGGCCAAAACCAGCCGUAAAAACUCGCGUUCGUAUCAACAAUUGGGUGCGCCCGAUUCAGAGUGUAGCGAACAUUUUGCCGGCUUGGAAGGGCGCCGUACUGCGUUCCAUGACCCGUCGGAGCAAGCAGAGAAAGAUUUAGUAGAGUCGCAGGACAAUUAUUCAGAAUACUGCAGCUCUUGCGGCACACAACGCAGCGUCACAAGCAUUGGCACACAGACGGAGGAUAUCACCGAUGAGCGCUAUCUCACAAAUGCCCUAAAAAAAUGCAGUUUCGAUGCUGAAUCAAUAAUGUCCAGUCGCUACUACGAUAACAACGAAGACGGGGGGGAGCUGUACUCAUCUCGCAAAAAGCUGAAUGACUGGAACAUGAUUGACUUACCCGAUGAUGAUCUCAAAACCGAAGUCGCUUCGGAUGAGGAGGCACCGCUUAGUGCCCGCAGCCGCUUUACAGUGGCCACAGUGGCCUCAAAUGCCACCAGCACCACAUCGAUUACAUCGAAACGUCGCGAGCACAAGCUGGGCUCACGCGACCAAUUGCGUCUGCCGCGUUACUUGGAGAAGAAGAAGCGUCAAAGUGCCGCCGCUGCGGCCAAAGAGAUUGCCGAUGCACCGGAUCCGGACUGCCCACGCGGUCAUUGUCUGCUCACGGAGCAGGAACGUCUUAGCCACUUGAACAGCGCACAGAAGCGCUAUGAUGGUCUCAUCCGUGAGGUAAAUCACAUGCCCAUCACCUCACAGAGUCUGUGGGUGCGCACCCGCAAGGCCGAGAUCGAUAAGGAGCUGGAUAACGUCGAUGGGGAGAUCCGCUUCUACUCCAAGCCCAAGGUCUACAUCGACUCUGGAAAAUCCUCGUCUAAGUAAUAUCUGAUAGCUGUACACGCAACAAAAUCCCCGUUCAUUAACAUUAUUUUUUGGUUAUUAUA